AGAAGCUUGGGUUGCUGCAUCCUGUAGCAGAGGGAGGGGAGCUUGAGUAGUGUGACUACCACAACAACAUAGCUUGCUGUUACACAUCAGUGCCAGAUCUGUCUGCAGCAACACGGCUUGUGCAACAGCACCGCAAGAUCCGUAGACAUCCUGCUGCAGCAGCUGAGCCUGCCCAGACUGCAAAACAACGUUACUUGUCAUACAGAGCAGUUACUAGAGGUGAAUAAUCUUUCAGAGCCGGCUCUAAUAUUCUUCAGAAGUUAAACAUAAACAUGUCAAAAUUGAAACUUGUUAUGCUGAGGCACGGGGAAGGCGCUUGGAAUAUAGAAAACCGAUUUUGUAGUUGGGUUGACCAAAAGCUAAGUGCUGAUGGGAUUAAAGAAGCUAAAGCUUGUGGGAACCAUUUAAAGUCCUUAGGGUUUAAGUUUGAUCUUGUGUUUACUUCAAUCUUGAGCCGCUCAAUACAAACUGCUUGGAUAGUAUUAGAGGAGUUGGGUCAAGAGUGGGUUCCAAUCCAGAGUUCGUGGCGACUGAAUGAACGACAUUACGGAGCCCUCAUAGGCCUCAACAGAGCUGAGCUGGCUUUGAACCAUGGAGAGCAGCAAGUGAAGAUGUGGAGGCGAAGCUACGAUGUAACACCACCUCCUAUAGAUGAAAGUCAUCCUUAUUAUCAGACAAUUCACACAGAUCGUAGGUACUCCGUUUGUGACAUUCAAAGGGAAAAGCUGCCAAAAUCAGAGAGUUUGAAAGAAGUCCUUGAACGGCUUCUUCCCUUCUGGAAUGAAGUUAUUGCACCAGAAGUAAAGAAAGGGAAAAGUAUUCUUAUAUCUGCUCAUGGAAACAGUACACGGGCGUUACUAAAACAUUUAGAAGGAAUCUCCGACACUGACAUAAUAAACAUUUCACUUCCAACUGGUGUUCCUGUGCUUCUUGAGCUCGAUGAGAAUCUACGUCCAGUAAAGCCUCAUGAGUUCUUGGGUGAUCAACAGGCUAUCCAAGUUGCUAUAAAGAAAGUGGAAGAUCAAGGCAAAGUUCAGCCUAACAAUAAAUAAGAAUUUCUUGAAAUGUAACCCUUUGCUGUAAGGGGGAACCAUUGGUGCUUUUUGUGUUACUUUGCUCUGGAUUUGUAGCAAGCAAUGUGCAUAGGAUCAAUUUCUGGACACACGUUCAAAUAGGCGUUUGUAAAUAUUGGAACUUUUUUCUGUAUACAAAGACUGUGUUUGGCGAUUUGUUCACAGGCAUAUCUUUAAAUAUUAUUUAAUGAAUAGUAUUGGCCUUUACACCUUAGUGAACAGUUUGUUUGUCACUCCCUUUAAAUAAUGCAUUUGCAAAAUGUGAACUUGUAAAGUUGUAACUUUUAUCAUUUUUGAUGUUAGGGACAGUUAAUUUAUAACAAAUAAUUAAAUAUAUAUUUUUUAAAAAUAUAUUUAACAGCGUAUUUCCAACUUUAUUUUAAAAAUAAUAUUCUGACUUGUAGGAAAGAAAUAUUUAUUUUUGCUUCUGUAUGUAUAUUUUAUGUAAAUUGUUUUAUUAGAGUUUAUUUUUCGUGAAUGUAAAAUUCCUUACAAAAGUUUUUGUUGUGUUUUGCUUAUUAUUAUUACACCUUAAAGGGAUAUGAAACCCAAACUUUUCUUUCAUGGUUUAAAUAAAGCAUUCCAUUUUAAAGGGACAGUCUACACCUUAGUCAUACUUUAUAUUAAGCUGCAAAUAUCCUCCUGCACCCUUUUUAUAUUCUGUAGCAGUAACAAUAAAAAUGUUUAUUUUAAAAUGACUACUGUUUAUGGUCACUUUGAAAUGGUUGCCAACUGAUGACAUCACAAUCUGGGCUGCAUCUAUGCACUCUGCUGAAUUGCAUUGGAAGUCUAUUGAAUCCAAUUAGUGAGUCUUUUGUAACUAGUGAAGCCUUUAAUGCAGCCCAGAUUGUGAUGUCAUCAGUGGGCAGAGCUUGGCAGCCAUUUAAAAGUGACCACAAACAAUGGUCAUUUUAAAAUAACUUUUUUUACUGUUCCUGCUAGAUUGUUAUCCAUUUCCAGAAGCACUAGAUGGCAGCACUAAUUCCUGCCAUGUAGUGCUCCAGAUACCUACCUAGAAUAUCAUGAGAAUGAAGCAAAUUUGAUAAUAGAAGAAAAUUGGAAUUUUUUUUUAAAUGUUAUGCUCUGAAUCACAAAAGAAAAUCUUUGGGUUUCAUAUCCCUUUAAAUCAACCUCUUACCUCAAGCAACAUCAGAGGGUGAAACUAGAUAAGCACCCAGUUAUGAACCUAAUGACUGGUAGUAAGAAGAUUGUUGCUGUUCUGAUCUAGUUCAUUGUUUGCAAAUCAUGUCUAGAAAGUGGCAUGUAGAAUAGCUUGUUUCACACCUUUAAACUAAAAAACAACAUUUCUAGAGUUUUAAUCUCUUAAAUUGUGAGAAUUGUUCAGAAAUUAUAUCUUUGCUGUAAUAAUAAGAGUAAAUUUGAAUUGAAUUUUAUGAAAACCUGUUCCUCAAAACAUAUAAGCAGUUAUUUUGGAUUAAACCCUUUGUUGUUCAUUGUUUGAACUGUUCCCUAGGAGAAAAAAAAGACGAAGACUGCUUUUCUAACUAGCCAAAUAAAGGUGUUGUUAGAACUUG